CUCAAGCCCAAAUAUGGGCUGUGCAAUUUAGACUGGGAGAUCUAGUCGGGCCCCGGCUUCAAGGUCCCCAGAUCUCUGAUAGCGAUGGAUCCUUACGUGAGCAUGGUGAGAGGGCAGUACAGCUCUGUGGAUGUGGCCCGGGAACUGCAGCGGAGUGAUCAGGACCUCUAUGGCAGAAAUCCAUUCAUGUCGCAGUCAGAGUUUCUUCCACUGGAUCAUGGCCAGCGGCAAGAGCACACCAUGGCCUCUCUCAGGAAUAGCAUCACCAAUCCAGACUUUCUUCCAAUGGGUGGCCAGAGCAUGCCACCUCCUGAGGUCGGUGGCUCAUUCAAUGCACAGGAGCGCAAUGCGCAACUCCGCAAUGAUUUGAUCCGAAGCUCUCUGACGUCCGAGGACGUCUCAACGCCCUUCGACACCUCUGCAGUGCUUUCCCCAGAGGCUUUGCAACGCCUGUACAAAGAUGCCACAGAUGUGACAGUCCAGGAUGGACACGUUGUGAGCUCAAGAGUGGUGGACAAGCAAGAGCAGAGGAUCUCGAAGGUCAUCUCUGGCAAACGACAGGUGAUCACUGUGGAAAAGAUUGUCGAAGUGCCUCAGGUGAUCACGAAGGAGACCAUCAAACGGGUACCCAAGCCCGAGAUCAUUGAGAGAAUUAUUGAGGUGCCAGGAAAAGUCGACACUCGCUACGGAGGGAGGGGUGGCUUCGGCCCUGGAAUGGACGGUGGCAUGGGGGGACUGGGAGGUAUGGGUGGUGUCGGCUUUGGCCCUGGUGGAAUGGGUGGCAUGGGGGGCAUGGGUGGUCCAGGUGGCAUGGGUGGUCCAGGUGGCAUGGGUGGUCCAGGCGGCAUGGGCGGUCCAGGCGGCAUGGGUGGUGGCAUGGGUGGCUUUGGUGGUAUGGGCGGGAUGGAUGGUUGUGGUGGCAUGGGUGGCUUUGGAGAUGGCAUGGGCGGAUUUGGAGAUGGUAUGGGUGGAUUUGGCUCCGACGGCAUCUACGGCAAUGGAAUGAGCGGCAUCGGCCCUGGAGGAUUGGCCAUCGAUUAUGGUGGCUAUGGGGGAGGUGGCAUCCAGGAUCUCCUUGGUGAAGGUGCCAUGCAGUUGGUGAAUGCCGGAGCCCUGGACGAGGCAUUGGGCCAGCUGAACGGCUAUGGGAUUGAUGCCAACGGUGAGCUUCAGCUCCCUCCAGGCGUCGAGCCAGGUACCAAGGAGUACAACGAGUUCCUACAGCAGCUGGAAGCCCAAGGCUUAAUCGAGAUUCGAGAGGAGAUUGUCGAAGUUCCCCAAGUGGUCAUCGAAGAGCGAGUGGUCCAUGUUCCAGGCAAGAAGCAGAUCCAAGAGCGGCUGAUCGAAGUGCCCAAAGUCGAUUGGGUCGAACGUGUGGAGUACGAGGAUUAUGUCGAGUAUCGAGAGGUUCCCGUGGACAAGAUCAUUGAGGUUCCCGAGAUCGAAUACAAGCUGAAACAGGUGGACCACACUGUGCCACAGACCUACAUCCAGGAGCACUUUGUGGACAAGUUCCGAGAGGUACCAGUGACUCAAGUGCAAGAAACCGAGCGAGUCGAGCAUGUGCCGGUCAUGGUGCCCAAAGGCUGGCAGCCGCCCAACUUGGAGGCCAUGGGCAUGAGCAAAUCACCUGCGGCGAAAAGCUGAGGAGAUGGAGAAUGGAGGGUGAAGCACUAGGCACUUCCUGGACAACCUGCGCAGAUGGUGGUGACUUAAACGGCGUGAGUCUGAGUGAGUUAGUGAGUCUGAACACCAACCGGUCGGUGGAGUCCGGUGCAAAGAGAGCAAAUUCUCA